GUUCAUGUCAUUUGUUUUUGCAUGUGUCAACAUCAUUUCGUCACAAUGUGCAUCAUCAUUUCUGGAUAAUUCCCCUUGGAAGUUUUCCCUGUUGAAGUAUGGAAGGCGCUGUUCAUCAGGAAACGUUAGAACAAACAACGCCAACAUUUUUGUUAUCGUACAUAUCUGCAGGUGCUGAUAUUCUUCAGAACUAUGGAUGGUAUAUCCUUGGUGCAAGUUUAUUGUGCCUGUAUGCAUGGAGCAAAAUCAAACCCCACGUGUAUAAAUGGUUAAAGGACAGGGAAGACAGGCAGUUUGCUGCUAAGUACCACAAAGAUCCAGACCUCAUCUAUAAGAGACAGGACGCUAUCGAGACUGCCCGACGUCGCCUGGAGGAGAAAUAUGCGGCAGAAGCUGCCAAGGCUGCAGAGAAGAGGAAAGAGUUAGAAGAGAAAAAAAGACAAGAAUGGUUGCGACGACAGGAAGGAACAUCGCAUCCAGGUCACCGACUAAAUGAGAGACCGGAUCAAGAUUCUCAUAAUAAUAGCACUGAUGAAAAUGCCAGCAGGAAGAAGCCAGCAGGACUGAGAUCAGAUUAUAAUCCUCUAAUGGGCAGUGGAUCCAGAGGCUAUCGCCCACCAAGACGUUCAUGCUGUCCUUCUGGUGGUUGUGGAUGAAUAGUGGAUGGCACUGAGUGGGAACUGUAGCAAGUGCAACUGAGCUCUUGAAAGCUGUGUGUUGAUAAUUUGAAAGUCUGUGAUAAUUUGUGGAUGUCUUAUUUAUCAGCAUACUUGUUAAUAAUAAAUGAAUGUAAAUAAAUACUUAAGAAAUAUGUAACACAGGU